UAUUAAAAAUUGUUCUCUUUUUUAGUUUUAAUCAUGUCUUCUAAAAGCAUAAAUAUAGCAGCAAUUUUAAUCUUUCUGUUUCAUCAUGUGUUUCUUGUGUCUGCUGAUAUUGAGAAUAUUGACUUGAAUUACACAAAUCCCAAACCAACUUAUGAUGAGUUAUACGCAGAUGGUUUACGUGCUUAUGAAACAGACAAUCAUCAAGAAGCUGUUGUUUAUUUUGAAAGAGCUAUUUCAGAUUAUCGUCAUGAGCUUGGUGUAAAGGCUCAAUGUUGGAUCAAAUGUCAAGCUGAUUUGAAGAAAUUGCAACAAGCAUAUAAUGUAUUAUUAGAUGGACAGCUAAGUUAUCUCCAUUUUGCCAUAAAGAUGAAAUCUUGCAGCGAUCUUUGCCGAGAGAAAUUUAUGGGAAGAAGAGGCCCUAUAGCUGGAAGUAUUAGAAGAUUGUUUGAAAACAGAGAACCAUAUAAUUAUUUACAAUUCUCAUAUUUCAAGGUUGGAGAGGUUUGGAAAUCAAUUAAUGCAGCAUUCACUUAUCUUGAAAUGCAUCCUGACGAUAAAAUGAUGAAAACCAACAUAGAUAUUCUACUUGCUAAAGUGAACAAGAAAGAAGAUGAUCUGAUAUCACUAGAGGAACUACCUCAUGCAGCACUAUACAGAAAAGGAGAGGAAGCUUAUGAAAAAGGAAACUUUACAGAUUGUGUUAAUUCCUUUGAGGAGUCUCUGACAUUGUUUUUUAAAGAAGAAGAAAAAUGCCAUGCUGUUUGUGACUCUAAUCACGAAAAGUAUCAAGGAUCCUAUUCUACCUCACUUUUCAAUCACUACAAGGCUAUACUUACUUGUCGUCAACAAUGUCGUAAAUUGUUAACAACAGUUAAAGGAAGAACUUCAAAAAGCCAUUUUGUUCCAUACUAUUUUCAUUAUUUGCAGUAUUGUUACAACAAAAUUGGGAAUGUUUUGGAAGCUGCUGUUGCUGCAGAAUCAUACUUACUACUCAUUCCAAAUGAUCCAAUCAUGAUGGCGAAUUUAGGAUAUUAUAAGAAACAACCUUCUGUGAUAAAAAAGAUAAUAAAACCAAGACCGCGAGCAGCGUUAUACUUCAAGCAGUUUGCUUUGGAAAUUAGCUUGUUUUCAAUCGCAUCUGGUUAUGCUCAACCUCAUGUCAAAUCAAGUGAGGUAGAAGAGCUAGAGAAGUCAGAACAGGAAUUGGAUGCUGUGUUUGAGUCGGUAACUGGGGACAUUCUUUUGCCAAAAACUAAACAAGGCGAAAGUGCAACAUUUACAAUCGACGAUCAGUUAAGAACAAAAGAAUACAGAGAUCAGGGAAGAUGGAAGAGAGAAAAAAAAAUUAACAACUCUGUGCUGUUGUUGGAAGAAAAAGAAUUCAAUGGUACUGAUCGUGUUGCUUUUGAUAACGUUGCUAACGACGGGGAGUGUAAAAUGUUGAUGAAGCUUGUCAAGGUCCUAUCUAACGCGUCAUAUGUUAAACUUUUAAACAAGAGAUUGGAACAAGUAAAAGAUGCGGCUUAUCAAGCUAACAUAACUUUAGUAAAUCUAACCGUUAGUUCACAUAAACUAGCUCGUUCUGGAGACGGUUACGAACACAACCACGAUAAUGCUGCACACCCGUUCACAGAGAAAGAAAUCUUUAAAGGGGUCACCGUACGAGGUGCUGUUGAUGCUGUAUCAAGCGGUGAAGUCUCCAUAGAGGAAGUGGAAUUAUACGUGGAAUUGAGUGAACGUGCAAGACUGCUGACGCAAGAGUAUUUUGACCUGCCAGUGCGUUUAAAUUUUGCGUUCACGCAUUUGGUGUGCCGACAUGCUUUAGUUGAUGAAAUAUCUCCUGAUGAAGAACACAUCAGUCAUCCACUUCAUUCAGAUAACUGCGUGCUGAAUGGUGACGGUGCGGGAACGUGUCCAAAACGACACCCAGCGUACACGUGGAGAGACUACAGUGCUCUGCUUUACUUGAACGAAGAUUUUGAUGGCGGUGAAUUUAUAUUUGCGAAUUACGAUGGAAAAAUACAGGCUCGGCUUCGUCCUAAGUGUGGUCGCUUGGUAUCGUUUCGUUCAAAUGGUCUCGAAAACUUGCAUGGUGUUCUAGGUGUAAAAAAUGGCACCAGGUGUGCUCUGCCAAUUUGGUUUACAUUUUCAAAUAAAAGCGAAGAUGGCCGACAAGAAGCUGAAGACAAACUACAAGAAAUUAAAUGGUUGCUUAGCAAUAAGAAUGCCAAACAAGAGUUGUAAUAAACUUUUAGUUCAGGGUCGUUAUUAAUGGUUUUCGUGUUAACACAGACGGCAGCUGAUCCCCGUAGUCCUCUGCAGGGAAGAGCUGCUGGUUAUUUUUAAAUGUUGUUAUUUUUAUACCAACGGGCAAAUAAGUGAGAAUUGUUUGGAGGAUAGGCUACUAUUUAAUAAUCUUUAAUUUCGAAACAAUACCGCUCAGUCUAUUUUGGUUUGCGGGUGAAAAUCAAAGUCUCUCCAUCUCAGAGCUCGUAUUUGUAUUUAUUUGUCCAAUUAUUUGUCAACAAAAAGUUAUUUAAAUAUUUUUUAUAGAAUUUUAUCUUUUUUAUGAAUAGUUUAUAUUUUUUAACCAUAGAUAUAAGAAUAUUUAGAGUAAGCAUUUUCUUUUAAGCUGUUCAUGCAACAGCCUGGAAACGAAAUGUGUUUUUGCCAAAGUGAUUUUAUAUAGAUUUUAUACGCAGAGAUUUUACUUAUUAUAACCAACUUAGUUAAAAGUCUGUUUUAGGAUUUAUAGAACAUUGCACGUG